GCGAGAGGUCAGUUUUCCUGUUGUCUGCUCGACUGAUAACAGUAAUACACCUUCCUCCCAGCGCGUCAGCGUAUCUCAGUUUUCAGAGCUUGUGGUCAUGAGCCUGUCCGAAGAAUCGCACGAACACGAAAGCAGUGCGGACGAAUACGAACCCAGGAACUCAACACCACUCGUCGAAUCACCUGAAGAGGGCGAUGAGCUAAUGCCUGACGUUAAGGCAAUGUUCUCGCAAUUCAACUCGAGAUUUUUUGACGGUCGGCUGAAUGGUGUUGAAGCAGGGUGGAGUUCGCGGCUGACUUCGAGUGGUGGUACAUGCACUUUUGAAGGAGGUUUGUGCAGCAUUAAAUUAAACGAACAUUUGCUGGUAUGGCGACCAAGAAAGGAUCUUGUUGAAACAUUACUCCACGAGAUGAUCCACGCCUACCUCUUCGUGGUCGACAGCGACCAGAACAGGCAGGAGCACACCUCCGCCUUCUGCCGGCACAUGGCUCGCAUCAACAAGGCGGCGGGGACCAGCGUCAGGUCGCACCACGAUGUGUACGAGGGUUUGGACCCCUUCAGGAGGCGCUGGUGGCGCUGCAGUGGGCCCUGCCGGAAGUGGCCACCACGGUAUGGGAUAGUGACUCGCUGCAGAGGAUGUCCCCCGGGCCCUGGGGACGCGUGGUGGGUGCGUCACCAGCUGCUCUGCGGGGGCACCUUCCGCAAGGUGCACGGUCCAGAUGGGUACUCCAGAGGAACACGUAGCUGCAUCUCGUCAGAUGAUGAAACGAUCUCUGCACACCUUCUGAACCGUAAUACGCAGAAGGCAUCGAGUGACGCAUCUUCCGGUGUAACUGUACUUCCAACGAGAGAGCUGUUAGAUACAAACGAAGAUGUCAAAACACAUUUGGUGAAAUGUUUGUUUUGUGACAAGGAUAUUCCCGUCGGUGAAAUCCAUCUCCAUUACGACGUGUGUUUGGUUAAUGACGACUCUGAUUUCGCCAAGACAUCAGAAACAGAGGGUGAAAACGUUUCUUGCCCAAUGUGUGACGCCCAAGUUACAAAAGGUACACUGGACAACCAUCUGGAGGCUUGCGUUCCUUGCAUUCCCAAGGCGGAAACUACCUUCGUUGAAGAUUCAGACAGCGACUUAGAUGAAGAUACUGCAAGCGUGUCCAGUGAUGAGCUAGUGCUGUGUACGCUUUGCAUGAACUUCGUGAGGGAGGAUCUGAUGACGAUUCACAGUGAAGAAUGCUUUCCUGCUGGUAGUGGCAUAGAGACAGUACUAUAACAGCCGAUUUGAUUCGUGUUUGUUGACACGAAACCACUGGUGAAUCAGUUGCCAAGUUUCUUAUGCAGUAACUAGGUAUUGUUCCCGAAGAAAACGGUUGCUAUAGUUCACUUGAAGCGGAUUUAUGUUUCCACAUAUCCACCGAAACCACUGCAGCGAUUUCAACCAAACUUCGUACACACAUCUUUUACUGUUGCGCAAACAGACAAGGUGGUGCUGAGAAACUGCCGCGUCAUGCAUGUCUUUUAAAUAUAUUGCUUCUGAGGAGUGACUAUAUUAGCAGUAAAUUUCCCAGACAGUAUCCACGGAUUUUUUAAAGAUGUUAGGGAGAUCCCCGUAAAUGCUAAUGGGCUGCUUGGGGGCCACCAAUAAAACUGAGUAUACCAUUCAGUUGAGUAAUCUGCUCCUGAGAUGGAGAUAAGGUAGAUGGUUGGUAAAAUGCUGGUGGAGGGAGUAAUUAGACCAUCUGUCUCUCCCAACGCCAUACCUAUGUCACCUGUGUUCUUAGUGACUAGACCUCAAAAGCAGAAAAACGUUUUUUUUUAAAUCUGUCCCAUUGUUCGAUUUGCAUAACUGUUUUCCUUGGUUGCAUGGGCUAAGCAUUUUGCUGUCUUCGAUAUCUCUCUCUCUCUCUCUCUCUCUCUCUCUCUCUCUCUCUCUCUCUCUCUCUCUCUCUCUCUCUCUCUCUUUCUUCUCCUUUUUUUUUGUCAUCAGUCUUCUGACUGGUUUUAUGCAGUCCAUCAUGAAAUCCUCUUAAUCUCAGAGUAGCACUUGCCACCUACGUCCUCAGUUAUUUGCUGGAUGUAUUCCAAUCUUUGUCUUCCUGUACAGUUUUUGACCUCUACAGCUCGCUCUAGUACCAUGGAAGUCAUUUCCUGGUGUCUCAACAGCCGCCCUAUCAUCCUGCCCAUUCUCCUUGUGUUUUCCACAUAUUUCUUUCCUCUCCGAUCCUGUACCGAACCUCCUCAUUCCUUACCUUAUCAGUCCACCAAAUUUUCGACGUUUGUAUUUAGCACCAUACCAUAAAUGCUUUGAUUCUCCUCUGUUCCAGUUUUCCCACAGUCCCUGUUUCACUACCAUACCAUGCUCUGCUCCAAAUGUACACUCUCAGCAUAUCUUCCUCAAAUUAAGGCCUAUGUUUGAUAGCAGUACAUUUCUCUUGGCCAAGGAUAUUCUAUUUUCCAGUGCUAGCCCGCUUUUGCUGUCCUCAUUGCUCCACCCGGCGUUGGUUAUUUUGCUGCCUAGGUAGCAGAAUUUCUUAACAUCAUCCACUGCAUGACCAUCAGUCCAGAAGAUAAGUUUCCUGCUGUUCUCGUUUCUGCUACUCCCCAUUACUUUAGUAUUUCUUCAAUUUACUCUCAGUUCAUAUUCUGUACUCAUUAGACUGUUGAUUCCAUUCUGCAGAUCAUGUAGUUCCUCUUCACUUUCACUCAGGAUAGCAAUAUCAUCAGUGAAUCGAAUCAUUGAUAUCCUUUCACCUUGAAGUUUAAUUCCAUUCCAGAACCUUUCUUUUAUUUCCAUCAUUGCUUCAGCCGGCUGAGGUGGCAGAGUGGUUCUAGGCACUACAGUCUGAAACCGCACGACCGCUAGUUGCAGGUUUGAAUCCUGCCUCGGGCAUGGAUGUGUGUGAUGUCCCUAGGUUAGUUAGAUUUAAGUAGCUCUAAGUUCUAGAGGACUGA